GGCCUAUAAAUUGUUAGGACCGGCCUGCGUGAUUUGGUCUUAACUUCAAUUCUCGUCGACCCUCCUAUCCAACGACGCCACUAUGGUUGGUGGCUCCACGGCUACUGGAGACGUAACCGAUCGCGAUCUCUCGGUGUCAGUUCAACUCCCCGCUUCUUCACUGGACUGUGGACUCGUUCCUGUGUGCCGUGAUGAUGUGCCAAAAGGAGACAAACUGGUCUUAAGGGGGUUAAAAUUUCACGGCUUCCAUGGAGUGAAGGCUGAAGAAAGAACUCUGGGCCAGAAGUUUGUAGUGGAUAUGGAUGCCUGGAUGGACCUUAGACCAGCAGGAAAGUCUGACCGGUUAUCAGAUACACUCAGCUAUACUGAUAUUUACCGCAUAGUAAAAGAGGUGGUGGAGGGAUCAGCACAUAAUCUGCUUGAAAGUGUGGCGGAACACAUCUCAUCGGCAACACUGAGCAGAUACCCACAGGUAAGUGCAGUGCGUGUUCAGGUAGGAAAGCCGCAUGUUGCAGUCCAAGGAUCGCUUGACUACUUGGGUGUUGAGAUCAUUAGAUAUAGAGGAAUUGACACAUAAUAGAUCAUCGAUGCUUUGUUACCAUGUUUUUCUUUCUUCCACUUUCUCAAACCUUAACUGAUUGUUGCAACUUGCAACUUGUGUAUUGUAUUCCUUAACUGCACGUAAGAGUUCAUCUGUGAUUGUACACAUGGAUGCUUAGAAAAACUCUUUUCCUUUUCUGCUAUACUCUAUUAACUAGCUUUCAAGCCCGUGCGAUGCACGGACAGUAUGUAAUUUAGCUAAUUUUAAAUGCGUUUUUUUAAAAAUUGGUUGUGGAAUCAAUUAAUAAAUG